AUGCCUAAGCUACAUGCAAGAAAGUGCAAGUCACUUGACUUUAGUAUCAAACAAGGAGUUGUGAAACGCAAAGAGGAAGGCCAGGGCAAUUCUGCAAUAGGCCGUGCAUUAGACCUCAGUGAAUCAACUGUAAGGACAAUAUGGAAGAAAAAGGAUGAAAUCAAAGCAUCUGUUAAAGUAUAUGGUACUUCUCAGAUUGAUAAUCGCAAGCGUGCUUGGGAUGAGAAACUGAUAAAAAUGGAGAGAUUCCUUGCCCUUUGGAUUGAGAGGAAAGAUAAAGAAGGCAGUUCCGUAGAUAAACGUCAGAUCAAACAACAAGCGAAAUGCUUUUAUGAAGUGAUUUGUUGUAAGACAAAUGUUCCUGUGGGUAACUUUCAUGCCUCCAAUGGCUGGCUGCAUCAUUUCAUUAAACGCAAGGAAAUAAGGAAACUUGGCUACUCUGGUGAAACGGCCAGCGCCGAUGCCAAUGCAGCAAAGGAAUUUUCCAGUAUCCUCAAAGAAAUUAUUGAUGAAAGCAAGUCUCAUCCUGACUGCAUUUACGACAUGGAUGAGGCUGCAAAGCAUCCAAGGUGCUACUGGCAUCUCAAAGAUAUGAGUCAGGCGCCAGUGUAUUGGAUGACGACUAAAAAUGAUUGGAUGAGUUCCUCAACUUGCAGGGCUUGGCUGCUUGAUUGUUUUGUCCCUGAUGCUCAUUGGAAGUGUGAACAAUUAAGCAUCCCAUUUAAUGUGAUGCUAAUAAUGGACAACUGUCCUGCUCAUUCCCACUACCUGACUGAUCUUCACCCUAACGUUAAAAUUGUUUUCCUUCCACCGAAAAACACAUCUAUUGUUCAGCCACUUGAUCAAGAGUUCAUAGGCAAUGUCAAAUCUAUAUAUCAAAAGCUUGUUUAUGAGGACCUUAGACUGAAAACUGAAUGUAGAGCAGAGAUCCACCAGAUAAUCACGGAAGCAAACGGGGAAUACCAGGAUGCUGACAUCGAUGUGGAUGAACAUCCACCCCUUGAAGUGGAGGAAACAGAUCAACUUGUUAUCCAACAAUACACCAACCCCAAAGCAAUUUCUGUCCACCAAUAUUGGAGGGAAUUUACAGUGAGGAAUGCAACUGACUUCCUCUUGAAGGCCUGGGAUGAGAUUAACAUGCCUACAGUGCGUCAUGCCUGGCGGCCCCUAGUGUGUGCCCCACUUGGUGUCGGAUGA